ACACACACCUAUGCACGCACACACAAACACCACACACACAUGCACACACACACACACAAAUAUAUAGCUAGCUGCAGGAUUUGCUCAAAACCAUUUCAAAAUCUUUACCAGCCUGACACCAUCAUUGAGAUUUCUGAUUUCUUCUAUCAGGUCGAAACAAACCCAAGCAACGCCAGGCGAUACAGCUAGUGUACAGAUAAACACAGGACUUUCGAAAAUUAACAUUUGAAAAUCUACAUUAAUCUUAAAGAAAAUGAAGCUUAUUUUGUUGAGUAUUUUCCUUUGCACUUGCCACUUUACCAUUAAAGGAGUGUUCCCUCAGCAAGAACGACAAGUAUCUUUCAAAGCAAUAAAUACUUGUGGCCUUAAUAGUAAGAUAGUGAAUGCAAGUGAGAUAAAAUACACACCAACAAGAAUGCAAUGUAUGGAAUUGUGUUCCUGGAAUUGGAAAUGCAAUGCAGUUACUCAUUGCAUAUAUGGAGCAAAGUCUUCUGUACAAUGUCAUCUACAUGAAAAUAUUAAUACAAUCCUUGACUGUAAGUAUCAUGAAGAGGUUCCUGAAUGUUCAUCAUGGAAAAAGGUGACACCGUGUCAUAACAAUGGUAUUUGGCACUGGGAAAACAAUACAUGUGACUGCUUUUUUACCUAUAAAGAUAAAUACUGCAAAAUAUUCAGACCGAGUUCUUGCAAAGAAGUAUAUCAAACAUUUAUUGCUGCUGGGAGAACACCUUCUAGCAAUAAGUUUGUUGUCUAUACUCCAGAUAAGAAACCCAUUGAAGUAUUUUGCGAUUUUAGAAAUACUUUUGGUGUAACAUACAUCUCCAAAUACUCCUUGUUGAACAUGACCAAAGAUGAUCUGCAACUGUUUGUGCCUGACUCAAGUAGGUUCGUGAUGAAAUAUGCCAUUGCAAAUGGAUCUCAAAUUGAAGCUACUUUAAAAUUACCAUCAAUAUACUCAGACAACUGGACUGUCACACUUGGAGUGAAUCGGGUUUUGUCAAUUACACCAGUAAACUUUCAACUGGGACCAUUUAUAUUAAUUGUUGCUUUGCCAAUUAGUCACGUUUAUGCUGGUAUUACACUUGGAUAUAAUGCUGAAGGAACUGACUUUACAUAUUCGACUUGUGAUCAAAAUAGAAAUAAUUAUUUUGCUUUUUACGCAAACGCAAACCAGCUGACACCAAAAAGAUACUCAAGGAUAGGAAUGACUUACCACUGGCAAAGCAAGGCCAAAAGUGUUCCUUCAUCAGCUUUGUUAACCAAAGAAUUUUUAUAUUUUUUUGAAAUUUACUUUGGAGGUUGUGGUGGACUUGUUACUUGUAACGCAGAGCAGAAAUGUACUGGAGCAUCUCCAGGUUUUAUCUUUGGUAUUCCUUAAGUAGACAAUUCAUUGAUGUCAAAUGAGAGCAAAUCAGGACGGAAAACAAGCAAACACAGCACAACAAAGAAGAAGUAACAGAGUUCAAUGAUAAAUACAAACAGAAUAGUUCCCAACAAAUACUGAACAUUACACUGUUAUCAAUAGAAGAUCUAAGAACAAUAAACAUGCAUCAUACAACAACACGUAGUAAACAUUAGAAAAUUCUGGAACAGUCAAUGGACAACAGAAAAUAUUAUGAAGCUUUCUGAGAUGAAUGAUAAUUUUUAAAAAGUAAACGAAAGUAUGAAAUAGAUAGCUGCUGUGCGGUGGUACCCUAGUGUGACCACAGCCAACAGAAAGAGUGAGUCAUAAAGUAGACAAUGUAUGUAUUAGACAGCUUUUAAAUAAACAGUAUUAUGUAUAGA